CGAAUACCGCAGCUGCGCUCAUCCGGUCGGCCAGUACUGGCUGCACGAAUGUCAUCCCUUCCCGGCAGCCAAUCUUUCAACGACUACACCGCAGAGCAGUCAGUCUCGGAGCUCGAUGAUCUACCUCCAAUAGGCCCAGAAAGUGCCUAUCCGUCCGCCGCCCCAAACCCGCUCUCUCGGGCCAGGACUGCGGUGCCCCCAACACGCGAGAGGAACACGCACUUUCUGUACGUGCGCACAACCCCGAACAACAACAUUGUCACGUUUACGCGACCAGACGGCUCGCCCCUCAUGACUGUGAGCGGCGGCCAGGUUGGCUACAAGCACAAGGCUCGGGGAACUGCUGAAGCGGCUCACCUGUGCGCGAUCAAGGCGUUCAAGCGCAUUGAGGAGGAGUCUGCGCGGAAUGGGGGCAGUAUGACGUUAGAGGUGUGCUUCAACGGAUUUGCACGGGGGCGGGACGCGGUACAGAAGGCGCUGCUGGCUACAGAGGCUGCUCAUAUUCGUGCGCUGGUUUCGCGAGUAACCGACAAUACAAAUAUCAAGAUUGGCGGAACGAGGUCGAAGAAAGCUCGCCGGACAUAAACAUCUUGGAUGUUGCUGGGUUCCCAUAAUAUCUCUUGCUAUAUUCCAUUUGGAACCAAAGUCACUGGAAACACUUUCUGCACCUGUGCAAUGCACCAAACACCGCUGUCGCUCUCAGCAAAGCACUGUCUCGAAUGAUUAUCCCCGCAUAGAGACUACCUCCC